GGUAUGAGCAAAUAUAGAGCAAAACUUUACCUUUAAAGGACAAAAAUGUCCCCAAUAUACUCUGAAGCCUAAUGAGUUCAGUAUUUUCUGUUCUAAAGGACUUCAUUAUUCUGUACUACAAGUUUUUUUACAUGGAACAUUCCCAUGUCUGGCAGUUGGCUGUACAUAACAUUUAGUUCAGCUUCCCAGUAGUACACUAUUUGCUUUUCUUGCCGAGAGCCGAGCUCAGAUAACAUCCGGGGUGGAGUUUGGAGCGAGAAUGCCAUUGUUAGUUAGACUACACCUUACUGCAUGAUCCAUUAUUGGUAUUACCCUGCUUGCUUGGGGAGAGAAGACGUAGCACAGAGACCACACCACAGCCUGCUACCAUGGCCUCCACCACCGGCCUCCUACCCGAGAAGUCCUUCCUGUGCUCUCUGUGUAAGGACGUCUUCAGCAGUCCAGUCACCACACCGUGUGGACACAGCUUCUGUCUGUCCUGUCUCAGCGACUUCUGGACCCGACACCAGUCUAGGUACUGUCCACAGUGCCGCAGGCUGUUUACCAGCAGGCCUGAGCUCAGCAUCAACCACAUCCUGGCUGAUAUCUCGGAAAACUACAAGAAGACCAGGCCGGAGAAACCUCCGGAGGAAGAGACGGUUAUGAAUGUGGAGAAAAUGAUUCAAGAGAGGCUACAGAAGGUAGAGAGGCUAAAAAGUUCUCUUGAGCUCCAAAAGAGCUCUUACUUGAGAGAGGUGCGAGAGAGCCAGAAGGUAUUCUCGGCCAUGGUGAGCGCCAUGGAGAAGAACCACAAAGCCUUGGUGUUGGCCAUAGAGGAGUGCCAAAGGGAGGAGCAGAAGAAAGUCGAUACUCUGGUGACAGAACUGGAACAGGAGAUCCGUGAACUGAAGAAGGAGAUGGCCGACCCGACUUCUGACCCUUCGGUUUCUAAAGAAACUUCUGAUCAUCAGGAGGAAUCCAAUAAAGAUAUCAGUAACAUUGCUCCGCCCGGCCGCACAAUCCAGAUGAAGGAUUGGUCCAUGGUUACCAUAGAAACGGACCCUUGUGUGGGGUUCACCAGGAGAGCCCUGUCAGAACUGAUGGCAAAGGUGAAAGUGGAAGUCCACAGGCUCUCCAAAUCAGAACUGAAAAGAAUUGAGCGAUACAUAGUGGACAUCAACCUGAGCGCCAAGACCGCCCACCCGUCCCUCGCCGUGUCCGAGGACAGGAAGCAGGUGAGGCAGACGGACAAGUGCCACGAGGUGCCCCAGCACCCCAAACGCUUCGACCGCGUGGCCAACGUCCUGGCCAAGGAGAGCAUCGGCCGUGGGCGGUGCUACUGGGAGGUGGAGGUGGGGGAGAAGACGGAGUGGAGCCUGGGCGUGGUCCGACAGUCCAUCAACAGGAAGGGCAGGUUCACCGUCUGUCCCGCCAACGGCUUCUGGACUUUGAGCUUGAAAGCGGGAGGACAGUACGUCGCCAACUCUGCUCCGGUAACCGCAGUGGCGCUGGAGCAGAAGCCCAGGAAAGUGGGCGUCUUUGUGGACUACCCCGCAGGCCGCGUGUCCUUCUACUGUGCGGAGACGGCCGUUCACAUUCACUCCUUCACAGACACCUUCACUGACAGCUUGCAUCCCUUUUUCAACCCCGGGCGACUGCACGGAGGCAGGAACGCUCCCCCCUUAAUCAUCACUUCCAGCGUAUGCAGCAUCUAGAUAGAACAAAAUGUGU